GCCGAAAGAAUGCCCAACCUCCAGAAUAUCUCAGGACCAGGACUCGUCCCCAGCUACUUCACCGUCUGAGCAUGGCCGGAUGCGGCUUCCUUCUCGCCAGAAAACGUGAGGAUAGCCACUUCUCUCUGCAUGCAUCAGCAUGGACCGCCACAAUCAACAACCCACCGCAUGCCUGAGCUCCGGACCUCGAAUGGCUGCAGCAUGGACACCAGCAAAGAUGCCAUGAGAAACCGUUCCCAAGGAGCUAUUCUCCCUCUGCCCGCCGACGUCAUUGCCCAGAUCAAGUCAUCUACUGCCAUCACGUCCCUGACCGGCGUGGUUGUAGAGCUCUUUAAGAAUGCCUUGGAUGCUGGAGCUACUAAGCUAGAGGCCACUGUCGACUUCGGCCGUGGGGGGUGUACUGUAGAGGAUAAUGGCCUUGGUAUAGCUCCCGAGGAGUUCAGGGACGGUGGCGGUUUGGGUAGGAUGUAUUAUACUUCAAGAUACAACUCCGGAGAUGCUACCUUCGGCCGAAAUGGAUCCUUAUUUGCUUCUCUCGCUGCCAUGUCCCUCUUGACGAUCACCUCCCACCACCAUGAGCAUCGCUCCCAUAAUACUAUGACACUUCACCACUGCAAGCCCAUCGCAAGGCAAAUACCCGCGCCAUCGCACCACGAUAUCACCUGGCGUGACCACGGCACUCGAGUGACAGUUCGCGAUCUGUUCGGAAACAUGCCUGUUCGAGUAAAGCAGAGAGUCCAAGUGCUUGAGGAGAGAUCAGAACACGACCGGCUCUGGGAGGCCUUAAAAAGGGAUGUGACUGGGCUCCUCCUUGGGUGGCAAGGAGAGUGUUCUAUCAGAAUUAGGGAUGCAGACACAAUACGGAAUUUCACACUGAACGGACCGUCGCUAGCAUCAUUGGGGUCUCUUACCAAGCAAAAACCCACGGGCGAGAAGAGGAUUGCUCCAGAGCUGCAGUACAUGCUCAAUAUGCUGACGCAAGCCUCAUACAUUCCACGAGAAGACUGGAAAUUAUGGGUGCCAGCAUCGGCUUCCACUUCCCAAGUCAGCAUUAAAGGGGCAAUCUCCCUUGAGCCAGCGCCGAGCAAACGAGUGCAAUUCCUUUCUCUUGGGAUUCGAUCGUUAUCCGCAGAGUCUGGACACAACGAGCUGUACGAUGAAAUCAACCGCCUCUUCAGCCUUUCCAGCUUUGGUGCAGUUGAAGAUGCCUCUGACGUCGACGAUCAUGAGAAAGAGCGCAGGAAGCACGACAAGCGAUUCAAGAGCGAUGGCAUCACGAACCGCCAGUUGAGAGGCGCACGCAAAGGGACCGAUAAAUGGCCAAUGUUUUCACUACGGGUCUGUCUGAAGGAGCCAUCUACUGCUUCUAUGCCCGAGAGUUUGCUUCUAGAAAGUGAAAGCAAAUUGCGGUCGAUCAUUGAAGUCUUACGCGCUAUGUUGACUCAAUGGCUCUCGGUUCAUCACUUUAGGCCACGCAAACAGCGGACGGCUUUCGACAAGCCUUUGAGUGAGUCUCUCUCCCCGCCUGACGAGAAGACCCCGCCCAGAGCGAUACACAGCUUCUUCGACGGCAGCAAAACUGAAACAGACGUUGUGCGGGUGGCGACACCAGACGUGACCAACAAAAAGCGAAAGAGGUCAACGCCAUCCACUAUAGGAUCUGUCACUAAAUCCAAAUCCGAAGCUGGGACACAGCGCCAAUACCAACCUUUUACGGAAUGGAGCAGAAUCAAAAGCGGCAAAAGCGGGUUCUAUGACACGCUCUGGAACACUGGAAAAGUUGUCAGGAAGAAUGAGUCUCAGGACCAGGAGAAUCAAGUGUCUAUCAUGCCAUUCUCACCCUUCAGCGUUGAGCCCAUCUUACAAGGAUCUCUCGGCGACUUGAGCCUUUCGAUAGACCUAUCCAGCGUUGACUCAACUGCAGUUAUGGAAGAUCAAUCUCCCACUAAUCCCAACCCACAUGAGAACGAACCUGAACACGAAUCAUCUCACCUUGACGAGACUAUUACGUGGACAAAUCCGUCAACGAAACAAACCUUCCUGAUCAAUGCUAGAACUGGGUGCGUCGUUCCCAAGGAAUCUCAGCGACCACAAACCGAAUCAUCUUUGUUUUCGACACCUACAAUUUUAGCCGAUUACAAUAGGCCACUUCGCCUGCGCCAAAGAAAGAGACCAGCAACAACAGAUGAAAGCUCUAAUCCAUGGUUGAACGGACUUCUCAAUGAGUGGGACAACCCUGUCUUCAAGCAAGCGGAAUUGAGCAUACCACAAGUAUCGCUAAACGGUACAAUUGUCGAAGCCAUUGAGGAUAGCCAUUUCAAACAUGAUUGCGGCCAUGUCGAUAUGAACAAAGCCUUUAAAGAAGCAUCGCUCUCUAGAUCGAGUAAACUUUCAAAGGCCGCUCUUCAGUAUGCAACAGUCAUUGCGCAGGUGGAUAAGAAGUUCAUCCUUGUCAAGACGAAGGGCGAUUCUGACGACAAUAAUGGCACAGUUUUGGUACUUAUCGAUCAACACGCGGCAGACGAACGUAUUCGCGUCGAAGCCCUACUCUCCGACCUCUGCAUGCCAAUUCCUGAAUCGGCAAACCGCGUACCCUUCCGCUCGAAUCUAGGCCACAAGUCCCGGGUGGACUUUACGGUGCUGAGCAGCCCACUCCGCUUCUCCCUUUCAUCCCACGAGAGCCAGAUAUUCCGCACUCAUGCGCCAACGUUCGCCGCCUGGGGCAUCCUAUACAACCUCACUUUCCCCACACAGUCUUCAGCCAAGCCUCCAGCGGAAAUGCUACCAUCAACACUCACAAUCAUCACCUUACCCCCGGCCAUCGCUGAACGCUGCCAGUCCGACCCAAAACUCCUCAUCAAUCUCCUCCGCUCCGAAGUCUACAAACUCGACGAAGCUCCAGCCCGUCUUCCCCCCAAACCAACGGACACUGAGCCUACGAAAACCCAUCACUGGCUUCGCUCCAUCGGCUCUUGUCCCUUGGGCUUAUUGGAUCUCGUGAACUCAAGAGCAUGUCGUAGCGCGAUCAUGUUCAAUGAUGAGCUGAGUGUAGAUGAGUGCAGGGAAUUGGUAAGGAAGCUUAGUACGUGUGCGUUCCCGUUCCAGUGCGCGCAUGGGCGGCCGUCUAUGGUGCCAUUGGUGGAGAUUGGGACGGGGGACGAGAGUGCCGGGUUCGGGGCUGGGGCUUUUGGGGACGCGUUGGGAGGAAUGCGAGGUGAUACUGGGUCGAAGGAGAAGAGUUUUGUGGAUGCGUUUAGAGCGUGGAAAGAGAAGGAGCGGGGUGGGGGUGGUUCUUAGCGGUAUCUACCAGUACAUACGAUUUUUAGACCCUUCUGCUGGAGUAAGCUCUUCUUGUGAUCCUACAAGAUUCAGCACUAUUCUUGAUAGACAUAUGCUAUCCUCCUACGAAGCGGAUAAAGAUGUUACCAAUUGACUCCUUCAUCCUUUGUGGAGGACAAGGCAUGAUACUU